GGAUCUAAGGGUUCUUUGUGUACAUAAGAAAUAAAAAAAAUAAAGUGAACAUAAAAGGAUUUCCCCAGCUAAAACAAUUGGCUUCUGGCAUUCUAUCAUUUUUGAAAAGAGUUUCAUCACUACCACCAUCAGUGGAAGAAAUCCAUUUUACGCGGUCAGGAUGAUUUGUUGAAGACACAAAACAAUCUCUAUACCUUCAGUUAACCGACUUUCAAACCUAAACCAUUUAGAAUACCUUAAACCCGCAAAUAUCUAAUAAAAAUGCCUGUGGGAGGCAGAACCGCCGGAAAAUUUGGAUACUCGGAUAACAGCUACUACAGUGGACGAUCCUACAAGGACAUCAAUGACGAGAUAAUCUGGGUGAGCAUCGGCAUGGGCAUUACCAUUGCCGUGCUCAUUACAAUUGCUUUAUGUUACAUCGUUUACGAGAAAUGUCAAAAAAAGCGAGAGUACUACAUUAAUGCAUAACGUAUCUAAAAGUCAACUUCAUUUGCAGCUUUAACCUGUUUUCUAUAUCCACAUAAGUAUCUGAUGCUAUCGGAUCGAAUCAGAUAUGGUAGGACUAUCUACUAAUGGUUUAGUUCGUUUCUCUUGAUAUUUUUUCCAACCGGAAGGAGGUUAUGGUGAAGCCAAAUAAUAAUAAUAAUAAUAAAAAAUAAUGACUCACGUUUCGUCAAUAAAAAAAUAAAUAUGGCAUUACGCAUAGUUGACUUAACCAAUAAUGACAUCUUCGAUCAAAGAAGUUCGAACAUCAAACGGAAGCGGAAACGAAAACAAAAUAUACAUAAAUAAGAAUACCAAUAUUCUGGGACCAAAAAUUAUAAAAAAAAAAACAAAGAAAAUAUAAACAAAAAGCACAAAAACAUUGAAGACACAAACAAAGAAGACAGACAGAAAAAGAAAAAUUGAUGUUAUAGAUGUAGAAUACUAAUUUUAAAAUUAAAACGAACAACAAAAAGGAUAUAUACAUUUGAAUGUUUACCACUAUUUUUUACAUGUGUUUAGAAUAAAGAUUAUCCUCUUCACAAGCUUUAUUAAUUAUAUGAAAAUAUAUUUGUAGUGUUUUAAAAAUGUGUUAUUCCUUACUUAAAAUAAGUUUGAUUGUAAUCCUAUUGUGACAAAAAGUAUACUUUUAAAGAUUUUCAUUUAAAAAACUGAUGUCAAAAACGCCUAAUUUUUCAGUCCUUAUCGAAAGAACAUAUAACUUUUAAGUUUAUUACAGGAAUUGAAUGCAACAUCAUUUCGCGUCUUUAACUUAAAGAAUUAAAUUGAAUGAGCACUGUAAAAAACGGGCCUUAUUAUUGAAACAGAAUAAAAGGACUAUAUCACAUUUUUCAAAACUGCAAUAAACAAUUCUAGUUUUCAAAAAUAAAAACACAACAGAAAGAAGGAAUUAUUCAACUCUGUACAUUCUAAAAGUUCUUAUUCAAAAUCUAGACAAUAUUUUCUAUACUUGCCGAUCUAACUCAACUCAAAAACAAAAACAAAAACAAAAACGAAAACAAGACAGUUUGUAACAUUUUGAGGGUCUUCAAAAAGUAUUAACACAUAAACUUUUGUGUAAAUCUAUAAACAAAGGGUUUUAUUUUAAUUAAACUAAAUUGAAUUCUAAAGAUAAAAGUAUGUUAUAAUGUAAAUUUAAUACUAAGUAUUUGUUUGUAAAUUAAAUAGAAUU